AUUGAUGAGGCGAUUGUACUCACAGAGAAGUCUCGUCGACGGAACCAUAAAUAUCAGGCCGAGGAGAUUACCUUCCGGGCCAGUAUAGAUAUGGAACGGCUGCCUCAGAACGUGCAAGGCAUCCCGAUGGUCCGAAUUCCUGACACCGUCCGGGAGUUGUUUGAGCAACUUAUUCGCCGGACAACAGCAAAUCUGGGCCCAUCAGACCUCAUCCGAUUCUGUAUCCAAGCAGAUGGGUUGGAUAAGCCGAUUAGCACGUCCCUGAUGGCAGUUUCGACUUUAACAGUUGAAAAGAUUCUGGCUGCCGUGAUGAAAGUGUUGCAGUCUAAAGACAAAAUUGAACUGGAUACGGGAUUUGCAGUUGAUGUGAUCACCAUAAAACGCCCUGUGGGUGCCGGACGAAAUAGGAAAGUAGUCAACAUCUCCAUGGACAGAUUAAGGAAACAGUCCAUUCUGUCUAUUCCAUACGACGAGGAAGGACUGUGCUGUGCCAAAGCUAUUGUUUAUGCCUUGGCGCAUUUGAACAAGGACACGAGGGCCAUUAAUGCAUUGAGAGAUCGGCGUAAUCCAACUCUGAUGAACCGCGCAAGGGAACUUCAUUUGGAUGCGAAUGUAUCUUUAGGCCCUUGCACUUUUGUAGAAAUUGCCAUAUUUGAAGAGCACUUGGACACACAAAUUGCAGUGUUCUCUUCGGAAAAUUUGAAUAGGGUGGUCUAUAAAGGAAAGAGAGGCCUCAAGCGGAUCAAUUUGUGGCUUCCACGAUGGACAUUACGAUGUAAUCAAAUCCCUCAAAGGACUUUUCGGCAGUGAUCACUAUUGCACGACCUGCGAAAAGGCCUACCAAAUGCCUGAAAGCCAUAGAUGUGCUAAUGCCUGUUCCAUAUGUCUGAGGACCGACUGCUUUCCAGACCAGCCCCAACGAUGCCAGGA